CGUGGAGCGAAGUAAGUCAAGGUCACAAGAUCUUACUUGUUUCGUGAACUUGUUUGUCAGGGUUUCAUGGCUAAUAAUCUUGAAAGUAAAAGCAUAUUGUAUUAGCACUCACUUGGUAAAUAUUCUGAGAUCUGCAUACGUAUUUUAAGAUCAUUCACUGCUUAAACUGAACAUUUAUUCAAGAAGUUUUAUUUAUAUUGUGACAUUAAAACAAUCGGCAGAUUUCCUUAGUCGAAUUUAUGUUCCUCGUUAUAUUUAGUUUUGAAAAUUACUUUGAUAGCUAAAGCUUGAUUAGUUUGGAAGGCAGUCAGAAAAGGGAAUCUGAAAUUUGGAAUCGAAGGAUUUGGCAAAAUGCAUGACGAGUGGUCAGAAGAAGAAAAAAAUGCAGUUGCAGAGCUCCGGAAGAUUAUGAAAGAUGAAGUUCCUCUUGAUAUGUACGAAGAUAAACACAUUUUCUUCAAAUUCUUGAAAGCUCGAAACUUUAACUUAAACCAAGCUGAAACUAUGCUGAGAAACCAUCUGCAAUGGAGAAAAGCAAUCCAAAUCGAUACUAUCAUCUCUGAUUUCAAGCCUUCAGAAGUUCUAGAGAAGUUUAUUUCGCAAACCUUUAUUGGUUUCGAUAAAACAGGUUGCUUGAUACAGUAUGCUGCUAUAGGAAACUUAGACGGAAAAGGGCUUUUUAAAUCAGCAAACAAAUAUGAUGUUCUCCGGUGUGUUUUGCAAGAAAUUGAGAAAAUAAAGAAAAGGCUAAAAUAUAAAAGCGAGCAGUUGGGGAAAACAGUGAAUCAGAGCGUUUAUAUUUAUAAUAUGGAAAAUAUGUCAUUAGCUAAAGCUACGCAUCGCCAAUCCGUUGAACUGUUUGCUGAAGGUAUUCAAAUAUUUCAGGAUAAUUAUCCAGAAUUUUUAAAGAAGAUCUAUAUCAUAAAUGCUUCUGUAUAUUUCACGAUAGCAUUUCCAAUCAUCCGAAGAAUACUUUCAGGAGCAGUUAUUGACAAAAUUGAAGUGUAUGGUAAAGAAGGAUGGAAGCCAGUUUUGCUUGACGCCAUUGAUGCUGACGUUCUGCCAGCAUUUCUAGGAGGCAAUCGAACCGAUCCUGAUGGAGAUCCAAACUGUAAUUCCUUUAUAGUUCACUCAGGUCCAAUUCCAGAAAAGUAUUACUUAACCAAAGAUUUUUCAAAGAUGAUGGAGAAAGAUGGAGCCACGUGCAUUACUAUUGAGAGGCAAUCCAAAGUCAAAAUUCCUGUUUCUCUACAAUACGAUGGCUCCAUACUGAAUUGGGAAUAUGAAGUAAAAACGCAUGAUAUUGGAUUUGGACUUACAUCAGAAACUGCAAAAAGCGAAUUGAUUCCUGUUCAUAAAGUAGAAACAGAACUCAAGUCAGAAACUGGCAGAUACAGAUGUAAAAGCGCUGGUACAUAUUACAUAAUAUUCGAUAAUUCGUACAGUUGGUUCAACUCCAAAGAAGUUUGCUACCGAACUUGGGUGACAGAUCCAUAUGAUAGCGAAUAUUCUGAAGAAGACAGUAGCUUCCAAAUUGAUUUUUAGAAGAGUUGUAGCCUUAUCUUAGUUAUUUUUUUUAGAUUAUUCAAUUAGGUGGAAUUGUUUUUAUCCAUUUCAAGUGCUUUGUCGUUGUAUUAUUUUCAUUUCAUCCAUUUUUUUUUUCAUGUUUAACCAUUUUCCAUCCUUGCUAAAAAAAAAUGAUGUUUAAAUAGAUUGUGAACGACUGAUUGCUUUUAGGAUAACCAUUAUAUUCAAUAAAUGAUAUUAAAAUGCUAUUGAUUGUGAUGACUAAUAUACACAAUGCACUACAUGAGAGGAAUUAAAUUCGUUCAUCCACUUUUAAAAGUCAAAUUUCCUUCUUGUACUUGUUAAAUAUUGUACGAUAACGAUUUAAUAAAUUAAAUUGUUUCAAUUUCUUCUAUAAUUAAGCAUGCAAACUUUUAGGAAGGGGCAUAAACUAUAAAAUGAAGUCUGUGCUGCAUUAGAAUGCAUGACUUUAAAAGAACAAAGAAUAUACUACAAUGAUGUAGAAAUGGUUAGAAAGUAUCACCUUACAGAUAAAGGAAGAAACGCUAAUAUAUUACCUCGGCUCUCCUCAAGAUUUCCUUGAUAAAAUAUUUCAACUAUUAAUGUCGUACCGGAAAUAUAUAUACUCAAACUAGAUUUAUUGCUUUCUGUUUCGAAAUACAAGAUGAUAAAAUAGUAAAUCUAACACUCUGCUUCAGACUAGAUAUUAAAAAGGACAAAGAUCUUAUUUUUAAUUCUCUCAUUUGUAGAAAAUGCUUGUUGGGCAAUAAUGUAAAGAACAGGGAACCAUUUUCAUUAAAAAUAUAAAUACUCAAAGAAGAAAUUAUAAGCAAUAAAAAGUUGUGUAGUAUUGUAAGAUAAUGAGAUUACAAUAACUAAACAUUAAUCAGAUACAUUUACGUAUUUUUAUGGUUAGAAUAAAUUAUUUAUCCUAUUCGAAAUCACGCAGAAUAGAGGAAUUUUUGGAAUAAUUUCGUCGGUUACGAAGUUGUGGAAAAGACAUUCCAUACUCAGCGUUUGUGAAACUUUUAUGAAUCCACAUGACAUUAUGUUUAAGUAGGCAAAGCAAAAUUUCUUUUUAUAACUUUGACCUAUGACCUUACCAUUUCUGGCUGCUUUGUCAACAAUAUUACUACUGUUGUAAACUCGCAAAUGAUUCACAAAGAAGAAUUCGCUAUUUCUUAAGUCAACCUCUUUG